AUGCGUGCACAGCAGUACGAUGCACGAGACAACCAGCUUCAUCUCAACGAAAUACCUAUCCCAGAGCCACGCGAACAUGAAGUCCUCGUCAAGAUGGAAUGCGCAUCUCUGUGCCACACCGACGUGAUGCUUUUUGAGAAGAACGAGCAAGGGCUUAUUCUCGGCAAAAACCCUGUUACCAUUGGCCACGAAGGCACCGGCAGAGUCUUUUCAACUGGGUCAGGAGACCUCGCGCGGACGUUCAAACCAGGCGACCCAGUAGGCUUUCUUUGCGCCGUCGACUCGUGCUUCGAGUGCUAUGCCUGCAAGAACGUCCACAAUGCAUGGUGUUCGACAGGCAAGACCAAGAUACAGGGCUUCAGUGCCGACGGAUACUUUGCAGAGUAUGCAGUGGUCGACGCCAGAGAAGUCAUAAUAUUGCCUGAGAAUUUGGACCCAAGGACUUCGGCACCUCUUUUCUGUGCAGGUCUGACCGCGUAUCAUGGCAUCGCAGACUGCGAGCUGCCUGCUGGUUCCUGGCUUGCUAUUAUCGGUUGCGGCGGCCUAGGUCACAUGGGCAUCCAAUAUGCCAAGGCCAUGGGCUACAAAGUGAUUGCAUUGGAUAUCACGGAUGCAGCCAUAGAAGAAGCUAAGAGCUGUGGUGCGGAUUACACCUUCAACUCCAUGACGGAUAAGGACUACAAGAAGAAGAUUGUAGAGCUCACGGGCGGCGGCGUACAUGCGGCAGUCAACUUCACGUCAUCCAAGAAGUCGUAUGAUGACUGUCCAGCGAUAGUCAAGCUCGGCGAGGGGUUGAUCAUGGUAGUGGGUAUCCCACAGCAGCCCAUCGAGUUCAAUGCUCUGGAUAUUGCGCUUGGUCGUUAUAGAAUCAAGGGAGCGAGUAACGGAACAUGCUACAACAUGAGGGAGGCUGUUGAGUUUUCGGCAAAGCACAACAUCAAGCCGCAUAUGACGGUAUUCAAGCUGGAGGAGGUGCCCAAGAUGAUUGAGCUGAUGAACUCGCACAAGGCGAAUGGGCGUAUGGGCGUGGUUUUUGACUAGAAGCGA